CCUCCCUCCCGCCCGCUUACUGACAGAACCGGCCGCAGCGUGAGUACCGGCCCCGGGGGGCCACAGCGGGACAGCCAUAGAUAUAUACCGGGCCCGGGGGGCCAUACUGGGACAGCCAUAGAUAUAUACCGGCCCCGGAGGGCCACACUGGGACAGCCAUAGAUAUAUACCGGCCCCGGGGGGCCACACUGGGACAGCCAUAGAUAUAUACCGGCCCCGGAGGGCCACACUGGGACAGCCAUAGAUAUAUACCGGCCCCGGGGGGCCACAGCGGGACAGCCAUAGAUAUAUACCGGGCCCCGGGGGGCCACACUGGGACAGCCAUAGAUAUAUACCGGCCCCGGGGGGCCACACUGGGACAGCCAUAGAUAUAUACCGGGCCCCGGGGGGCCACACUGGGACAGCCAUAGAUAUAUACCGGCCCGGGGGGCCACACUGGGACAGCCAUAGAUAUAUACCGGCCCCGGGGGGCCAUACUGGGACAGCCAUAGAUAUAUACCGGGCCCCGGGGGGCCACACUGGGACAGCCAUAGAUAUAUACCGGGCCCGGGGGGGCCAUACUGGGACAGCCAUAGAUAUAUACCGGGCCCGGGGGGGCCAUACUGGGACAGCCAUAGAUAUAUACCGGGCCCCGGGGGGCCAUACUGGGACAGCCAUAGAUAUAUACCGGGCCCCGGGGGGCCACACUGGGACAGCCAUAGAUAUAUACCGGCCCCGGAGGGCCAUACUGGGACAGCCAUAGAUAUAUACCGGGCCCCGGGGGGCCAUACUGGGACAGCCAUAGAUAUAUACCGGGCCCGGGGGGGCCAUACUGGGACAGCCAUAGAUAUAUACCGGCCCCGGAGGGCCACACUGGGACAUACAUAGAUAUAUACCGGGCCCCGGGGGGCCACACUGGGACAGCCAUAGAUAUAUACCGGGCCCCGGAGGGCCACACUGGGACAGCCAUAGAUAUAUACCGGCCCCGGAGGGCCACACUGGGACAGCCAUAGAUAUAUACCGGCCCCGGGGGGCCACACUGGGACAGCCAUAGAUAUAUACCGGCCCCGGGGGGCCACACUGGGACAGCCAUAGAUAUAUACCGGCCCCGGGGGGCCACACUGGGACAGCCAUAGAUAUAUACCGGGCCCCGGGGGGCCACACUGGGACAGCCAUAGAUAUAUACCGGCCCCGGGGGGCCACACUGGGACAGCCAUAGAUAUAUAGCCAUAGAUAUAUACCGGGCCCGGGAGGCCACACUGGGACAGCCAUAGAUAUAUACCGGGCCCCGGGGGGCCACACUGGGACAGCCAUAGAUAUAUACCGGGCCCGGGGGGGCCAUACCUGGACAGCCGUAGAUAUAUACGGGGGUGGGGGGGUUCUAAUGGGUAUUGCCCUGCCUGGGGGUUCUAAUGGGUAUUGCCCUUGCCUGGGAGGGGGUGGGGGUUCUAAUGGCUGUGCCUGCCUAGGGGAGGGUGGGGGUUCUAAUGGCUAUCAGACCUGCCUAGGGAGGGGUGGGGGUUCAUGGCUAUCUGACCUGCUUGGGGGGGGUGGAUUAUAAUGGCUAUCGCCCUGCCAGGGGGGAUAUAGAGCAGAAUCAAUACAUUUUAUGAUCUUCCUUAGUUGGUUUCAUUUAGCCCUAUUCAUGAAAUGCCCAUCAUGUAGAACCAGGAGAACAUGCUGGAUCUGCCAUGUGUAGCUGAGCCAUGUCAUCGUACUGCUCUGUAACAGGAAUAUCCCCUUAUUACUUCCCCUGAAACCACCCUCCCCCAGUAUCUCGACUACAUGCCCCCUACCUUCCCACAUGGUUAUUGUUGGGAGCCCAGCAAACCGGAACAAUAAAUGUCCAAAACAUCUAGGGGCCCAGUCUGAUAAUGGAGUUGGUAGUUUGGGGUCCAGGCGGGUUUCUCAGUUCCGAUUUGAUGUAAUCAUUCUAUCCUAAGUAUUGCUCAGUUUCCAAUAACUGCAUAAUAUACGCUGAUCGCUUGGCUGUGGUUAUUUAACAGGAAUGUGCGAUUAUUUAGGGAUUUAGCAUAAUAUGCAGUUUGCUAAUCCUUUGUACGCUCACCGAACCACAUAAAGACAUAACUAGAUACAGAUUGUGUCUUUAGGAUACAGUUUUGUGGGAAGUUAAGUAGAUGUUUUUAUUGCCCUUUUUGAACUUGUAAAUGUAAUGCUAAUAAACCCUGCUAGCAGGAUCUCUAUUCUGUGUGAGUUACUGACGCUCAUUCAUCAGAUGGUAACUGCGCUGAAAAGCCAACAUUUUUAGGGAUCUUAUUGAUCCUCUGGUGACACUUGCCCAUUAGUUGCAAAUACCAACCGGACAGAGGUCAUAGUGAUUGUAGCAUCCCUCCUUAGCGGUGAGUGACUGCUCUGAUACUAUCCAGUGUAUUUGAAGUUUCCUUAUCAAUUUAGUACCAAGUCAUGAAGUGGCUGACUCCCCUUCACACAAUCCUGUCCCUUGAGUCAGCAGGAUUUCCAAGCAUAUCCUCUAAGCUCCUGCUUCGUUGUGAAUUUUGGGAUUCACAUCACUUGGUUGUAGCUUGAUGUGUGGGAAGUCUUCAACUUCUGGUUUAAUUGGAGUGGGCACACGUGGUACUUUAUUGUACCAAGACCAAAAGGGGCAGUUCAGGCUCCAACAUCACUUCGUCAACGAUGCCUCUGAAGCCUUGCAAACAAAACCUGUGUAAUUUCUGAGAAGUACACUGUUUACAUUUCGUGGUGUCCUUGCAUAGUAGUGACAGUCGGUUAAACAAAAUUGUGAUACAGGCACUCAAGGGUCAGUUGAACAGCAGAUUUAUUAAAAAAUAAAAGUGCAAUGUUUCCAUCCCACAAGGGAUCUGUCUCAAGCAGAUUGAAAGAUCCCUUGUGGGAUCGAAAGGUUGCACUUUUUUUUCCCUAUAAACCUGCUGUCCAAAUGACCCUUGAGUACCUGGACUACAACUUUUAACUACUACAGGAGGGGUAGCCAACCACAGGUCUGGUGGCUCCUCUCUUCUGUAUGAGUGACAGUCAGUUAGCAGAGGGAGCCUUCGGACACACAGAUACGGUUAUAGAGCUUGAAGAUCUCACUGGAGGGUAUUGGCUGCAGGGAGUAUCUUAAUAGAUAAGUAAUCUUUUUUUUUUUUUUUAAUUCAUGUUCCUUCAAUACAAGAAGCAGAGUAAGUGGUUGUGUAAAGAGGUCUUUUAUGUUAAUUGCUUUAAGCAAGUGAACGGUUUGUCCAUUUAUAACCCAGCCUAAAGAUCCACUGAUACACCCUGUAUUAUUUCGAUAUCUUCCCCUGUGGGACUGGUUAUUCUUGUACCUCCGCUUCUCCCUGGAUUCCAAGCUUUGAGCUACAUUGUAUAUCGGUCUUUUCAGAUCUUAAAUGUUCUACAAACCCUACACAUUCUCUGCCUGAUGGCUUGUCAUGCUGGGGUAGAGGAGUAAUAGGUUUUAGCUCUAGUAUUCGUGUGGUUUUAGUGUAGACAUAGUAUUAUUAGGGUAUAGGUCUGGCAAUAUAACAUAUCGAUGUUUUAAAGGGAAACUCAAACACCAUAACCACUGCAACUUUUAAAACAUCUCGUUGUUAUAGAGCAGGCGUGGGGAACCUUCGGCUCUCCAGAUGUUGUGGACUACAUUUCACUUGAUGCUUUGCUAGCAUUAUGGCUGUAAAAGCAUUAUCGGAGAUGUAGUCCAAAAUAUCUGGAGGGCCGAAGGUUCCCCACCGCUGUUAUAGAGGAACACAUCUGUUUGGUGCAAUCGCUGAAGUUUCUGUAAUAUUUGAGUGAGUGUUUUAUUUUCCCCCCCUGUGAUGCCCGUAAUGCUGUGGCUUAGAUAAUGAGGUCUGUCUGUCAGUGAUGGGUUAUGGGGGAUGCUAAAUCCAGUUCUUGCAGCCAGUUAACAGACGCUCUCGCUGGAUUAAAACAGGACUGUACCCUAAAACUGCGCUAAAAUAAUAAAAUAAUAAAAUGCAGGGGCCAUGUUCCUCGCAGUGACUAUAAUCAUUUUUAAUCUGGUUUGAAUAUGUAUAAUGAAAUGAUAGGAUUCAGGAAGGAGUUACUGACACAUACAGCGUCCACAUUGUUUUUAAUUGGUGUUGACAACCAACACACACGUAUGGUGUAAUCUGCAAGUCACCUAGAUUUUGGACUAAAAUGAGAAAUUUACUUUUGCCUUCCAUGCAAUUAACACUUCGGUGUCUGGCUUGCCUGUCAGUCACUGCUGCCAUAGCCCCCUGAUUGCAUGAAGAAUCAGCGUGCAGCAAGAAGGGGAGGGGCGAAGUGACUGUUGAUUCUGCAGCAAAUUGAACGCUAAUUGAUUGCUGGGUGCACUCAAUGCUGCAUGCCAUCUAUAAUGUAUCGGGUACCAGGGAUGUCGUGAUGCGGACUUACACAAUCAAUACACCAGCUGAAUUGCUCUUCACUCUUAAAGGAGCCAAUGUCUUGUUGCCAUGGUGACUGGCAGUCAGGGUUCUUUAAUCCCCUGUCCUGGGGUUUCUAACAAUCCACUAAACUGUCUGCUUAGUUUUUUCCACUAUUUCAAUCCAACCAAUAUAAGCUCCCUUCUCCCUCUUAAGGAUCGUUUUGUUUUUUGUUUGUUUUUUUUCCUUCAAUGAAUCUCGAAAUUUCGGCAAACUAUAAAAGUAGUGGAGGUUUUCCUGUUCACCUACACGUCUUCUUUUUUUUUUUUUUUUCUAUUUGAAUUUAAUUUUACUGUUAGAACAAAGCCCAGGGUGCUGAAUGAUUCAUUUUAGGACUUUUUCUUUUGCAUGGUGUGGGGGAAUUUCUAAAACUGUAACUAAUCUGCCUGUUAGGGACUUUAUUGUGCAAUGUUUUCUUGUCUGAUCCUUUCUAACACGCCUGCCUUCUCUCUUUAAUGCUGCUAUAGGAGUUCAGUACUCCAGGGUACAGUGAGUAUUAAUGGCACUCUGUUCUCCGUACAUCUUGCAUGCGCUACAUCCUCCAUUCCACACCAUCAUUGUCUCGUCUAGUUCUGCAUUCAUAAGGAAAGUGCUGUGCACCUUAUAGCCAUCAUCCUAGGUAGCCUACAGCUGUUAAAAAGCUGCAACUCACAUGAUUGUUUUUAAAAGGGACACUAUAGUCACCAGAACUACAGCUUAUUGAAUUUGUUCUGGUGAGUAGAAUCAUUACCUUCAGGCUUUUUGCUGUAAACACUGUCUUUUCAGAGAAAAUGCAGUGUUUACAUUACAGCCUAGUGAUAACUUCACUGGCCAAUCCUCAGAUGGCUGUUAGAGAUCCUUCCUGGGUCAUGGCUGCCUAAAAUGCAUCCAAACAUUCAGUGUCUCCUCCCUCUGCAUGCAGACACUGAACUUUCCUCAUAGAGAUUCAUUGAUUCAAUUCAUCUCUAUGAGGAGAUGCUGAUUGGCCAGGGCUGUGUUUGAAUCAUGCUGGCUCUGCCCCUAAUCUGCCUCUUUGUCAGUCUCAGCCAAUCCUAUGGGGAAGCACUGUGAUUGGAUCAGGCCACCACUUCUGAUGAUGGCAGCAGACUGCUUGUUUUUCUGAUUCUAACAGCAUGCAGAGCUACAGCUUCAGGCUUGAAUACAGUAAGAUUUAGCUAUAUUUAUAGAGGCAUGAGGGGCUAGAUGGUGGUGUUAACACUAUUUUGGGGUCAGGAUUACAUGUUUGUGUUCCUGACACUAUAGUGAUCCUUUAAUGUCUUCGUAUGGCAAGGCAUUCUGGGACUUUUAGCUCUUCAACAUGUUUUUUUGCUGAUGCCUUGUAUUUAAAGUGACACUGUAAACAUAAUCACUACACUGAGCUGUGUCUCCUGAAAGAUUUUCUGCUACAGUGCCAGCUCUGGGAGCAGUACUGUGUUUAUAUAAUGGACAUUGGCUCAAACCAUUAAUGCACUUUUAGAUAAAUGGCCCUAAAUAUAAAAAAAAACUCUUGUUAUUUCAACUGCCUAAAAGUUUGCUUUACAGAUGGCUUUGUGUAACCCCUAACUUUGUAUACUUGGAGAUGGUGUUACCUAGUGAUUUAUAUAUUUAGAAUUUUGUUCCUUCAUGUACGCACUGGACUGGCUCGUUGUAAUUUCUAAUGCGUAUUAAGGGGAAUCCUCUAAAAUGGAAUUACUCAUUUUGACUACCAGCAACAGAUUGUCGCUCCAGAGUACAGGAAGCAGUCAUUACUUUAUAUUCUUUAUAAAAACAAACUCCGGGUAGAGGCAUGCUCAAAUCACAACUUGCAAACUUUCUUCAUAUAAAAGAACCCUUAAUGGACACUCACACAGCUUUCAAAUUCUUAAUGUAUGAUUUAAGCUGGUUUAUCUAGAAUUUUCAGAUGUCCUGCUACGAUCACUCACAAAUUGCCAGUAAUCGCGCCCCAUGUUAUAUUCGUUGCGCCGCCUGAUGGCAGGUCAAGAUAGAUAGAUAGAUUAUAUAUAUAUUUGGGACAUAGCGCUUCCUAACAUUCUGCUUGCUUGAGAAACCAUACCAGCCCUUGAUCCCAGAGCCACACUAUGAGUAAUUAUUCAAGUAUAUUCUGAUUCUGAAAAUGUGUACGCACUUCCAUUUCAACUUUCAUGCUCUGUACGUGUUGUGCUGUGAAUGGCAGUGCCACCCUUGAUUCAUGUUGGUUCAUUGUUCAUACCGUGCAUGCCCUGUUACCAGUGAGGUUCCUGCUGACCCUCGCGGUUCGCAUGUACUGCAGGGUUAGUGCAAGGUCACAUUUCAAGUUUGUGGUCACGUCUACUAACAAAAUAACUCCACUCCCAGAGUGUACCAUGAGUAUUGCUCUGUGAUUUUUACAUGACCCUCUGCUCUGGAAAAGCUUUGUUAAUGGGGGGUUGAUCAAGAAGACAUCUAAUCAGAAAAGCAAAAGUAUACUGUAAGCUAAAGGCCAAAGGAUAUAGAAUAUACUAAAAGCAAAAUAUAGAGCAUGUUAUUCAUUUAAUGUUCAUUCAUGCCAACUUCUCAUGCUGGUCCUAUAACAUCAUGGGAUGUCCUAUUUGAUGACAGCAGUUUUAGCUGUGACUGGGCAUUCAGUCCCCAUAACACUUAACUAAAUAUAAAUGAGUAAGGCAUUUCAAUCUAUAGAGCCCGCCCAAUGCUAAAGGAGUAAGACGUUCCAUUCUAUAGAGCCCGGCUAAUGCUAAAGGAGUAAGACGUUCCAUUCUAUAGAGCCCGGCUAAUGCUAAAUGAGUAGGACAUUCCAUUCCAUAGAGCCCGGCUAAUGCUAAAGGAGUAAGACGUUCCAUUCUAUAGAGCCCGGCCAAUGCUAGAGGAGUAGGACGUUCCAUUCUAUAGAGCCCGGCCAAUGCUAGAGGAGUAGGACGUUCCAUUCUAUAGAGCUCGGCCAAUGCUAAAGGAGUAGGACGUUCCAUUCUAUAGAGCCCGGCCAAUGCUAGAGGAGUAGGACGUUCCAUUCUAUAGAGCUCGGCCAAUGCUAAAUGAGUAGGACAUUCCAUUCUAUAGAGCUCGGCCAAUGCUAGAGGAGUAGGACGUUCCAUUCUAUAGAGCUCGGCCAAUGCUAGAGGAGUAGGACGUUCCAUUCUAUAGAGCCCGGCCAAUGCUAAAGGAGUAGGACGUUCCAUUCUAUAGAGCUCGGCCAAUGCUAAAGGAGUAGGAUGUUCCAUUCUAUAGAGCCCGGCCAAUGCUAAAGGAGUAGGACGUUCCAUUCUAUAGAGCCCGGCCAAUGUUAAAUGAGUAGGACAUUUCAUUCUAUAGAGCCCGACUAAUGGUAAAUGAGUAGGACGUCACCAUUCUAUAGAGCCCGGCUAAUGGUAAAUGAGUAGGACGUCACCAUUCUAUAGAGCCCGGCUAAUGCUAAAUGAGUAGGACGUCACCAUUCUAUAGAGCCCAGCUAAAAUGUUUUAAAAUGUAGUGUCUCCUUACCUACUACUGCCAACUAGACUUGUGCAUUAAUGAUUUUCAGCUUGCUCAAACGGAUCAAAUUCGUUUUAAUGUACCCUAAUGAAUCAAUCAAUCCGUGAUUUAUUUGCUUAUGGUCUUCUAGACCCUGCAGAAUCCUCCCGUGUGUGACUUAAAGUUCAAUUUACAGAGCAGGAGAUAAAACCUAAAGAAAGUUAAGGUCCUGUCCGUUACAGCCAGGCAUACUGUAUAAAAGAAACAAGUGAUUUAACUCCUAAAUGGCAGAUAUUUGAGUAGUGAGACUGCAGGGGUAUAAUCUAUGUGCCAAAACUACUUCAUUAACCUAAAUUUGUUUUGGUGCCUAUAGUUUCACUUUAAGGCUAGUAGCAUAGGAUUUCCAUAUAGUGUAGCCGUAGUAGCUGUAAGAUUUCUGGAUUGUCUUUCAAGAUGUCUCCUUGAAAUGCCCCCCCAUUCCUAUGUUUUCUGUGGCUUUGUAACUGCAUUACUGCUUUCUUGUUUAUUUUUAACGCUGCAUGCCACCAUUGAAGAUGAGGACAAGAAAGCACCAGAGCCCAGUAGAGUCUGCUUGGGUGGAAACGAAUGAAGAUACUUCCAGGGCAACUUGUGAGCUCCAGCCUGGGGAUACAACUCCUAGCAAAGAGGCCUCAAAUGGCUGCAACCAGUAUGACUCUGGUGAAAAUUCUUCCAACGUCGACCAAAAAAAAACUAAUGGGAAAAAGCAGAAGAGGCGAAAAAGGUCGCCCAGGAACAAAGGACUGCUGCCAAAGGUGGAUUGCAUGCUGUCUGGACUGAUGGCUGAUAAAGUCUGGUUUGAUAAGUAUUUGUAUGAAGAAGCUGAAUAUGCCUACCAUGCCAUGCUUGCUAAAGAGCUGCAUACCAAGCCAUCCGAUCCAGAGAGUGCUCGCCAAGAUUCACCCAGUCCGGCCUUGAGGAACUGCAGCCAUAGCAGCCAGAGCGCUUGCCACCAUGUAGAUAAUGGCAUUUGGAUCAAUAAGUUCAGCUUCGAUGAUGCAGAAAGACAGUUUGUCUUGCAGUUUGUGUCGCCGCUUGCUCCACGCCCCCUUGUCCUUUCUCUAGAAUCUCAUAAAACAGACGUUACUGAGGUCAUGCACAGGGCGUCCGAUGAGGGUUAUGUGAGUGCCACCCCGACUCCAGCUGCUCCGGAUUUGCAGGUUUUUGGGGCACCGGCAACUCCUACGGGAACCACAGUGAAUGGGAAGCCGCAGUGGGCUGGUCUGCAAGAUCUGCUAUCUGAUGUAUGGCUGGAGAAGCCGUCAUUCGACCAAGCAGAAAAAAUAUUUUAUGAAAAUAUUGCCAGCAAACAGUCUGCACUAAAGACAAAUUCUAAUCAGUACUGGAGCUUUCAUUCAGGGAAAAAAAACAAGAGGGAUAAAUGGAAUAGAAAGUCAGCUGGAAAGCAGCCACAACAAACCUCCAAAAAGCGAGAUCUGGCCAGUAUCCCUGAGGAAAGUAGUGGACUGCUUCAAAACCCUGUGUACUAUUUCCUUCACCAAGACAGUGAGUGUGUGUGGCUUAAUAAGCCCGCUUAUGAUCAGGCCGAAGAACGGUUCUAUGUGGCUCAGAGCCUGAAUAUCCAACAGGCUGUGAAUGCCAAGAAACCCACUGUAGCAAAAGUCCAAAAAGUGGCAAAAAAGUGCAGGCGCCGUGCUGUCCUUCCCCACAAAAAGUAGGUUUUGUGUGCUUCCGCUCCAAAAAACAGCUAUAUGUAUGCGACUGUACAUACAAUGGUUGUUCUAGAGGACUGCUGUUGGGCCUCAGUCAGUCUCUGUAGCUAUUCUCCUCUCAGAAUGUUUGUCCGGUGCGAUGAUUGUCUAUUGUAUGCAAAGGAUCAGAUUUGUUUUCUUGUGAAGUGUGGUCACAUCUAAUUUUGGUUGAUCGCUGGUGUUUCUGGUCUUCUAGUUAAGUUUGUUCAGAGUUCACGUCUGUGGUUAAGUCUAGCAUCAGUUGGUGACCUGGAAAAUAAUUAAAUUUUAAAUAUAGUCCUCGUGUCAUUCCUCUGAAACUCAUAAACUUUAGGCUAUUGUGACACAACCGCCCCAGUUCACAAUUUCAGGGGUAGACACAUGGGCAAUAUUAAAAUUCACACUUGAUAUUUUAUAUUAACACUUCAAUAAAAAAAUUUUAUUUUUUAUUUUUUUUUAAUCUGGGAUGGGUGAGAUUUGGUGUUCAGCCUUUGAAUAUUAGUUUUGGCUUUCUCUGUGUGAUUUGUAUAAAAUGAUGGUAUGGCUUUCAAUAUCCUAGCUUACAUGUAAGGGAGGAUAUAUUUCCAAUGGAUUCAUACAUAUUACAUAAGUCAUUCCUGCAUAGAGACUAAUACAAAAAAAGUGUCUGUUAUUGGCUACCACAAUUUUCCCUUCCUAAGUAGAUCUAAACAGACAUAGAAAAGACAUAGAUGGGUCACCAUGACUUUGACUGUAUUGUCAAUGUUUUCAUGCGUUUCAUUAAAUUGGGUGUCUCUCUCUGCACCCAAACUAAGAAUGUCCAUUAGUGUGAGCAGAGGGGCCAGGCUUUGGGUGCUGUGAGCGUUUGAAUUGGCCAUACAAUGUUAUAUAGGAUUGAUUAUUUAUUUAAAUCACAAUGUUGAUUGCUCAGUUAGCGGAUACAGAUAAAGGGAAGGUUGGAUGCAGGUUACAGUAUUUGCGCUGACGAACGGGGGGGGUGUAGCACUGAGGACAUGGCUGUGCUUUGAUUGGUUCAUGGAAUCCUGCUGAGAGCAAAAUAAGCUGUACUUAUUACUUGAUUACUAUAAAACUGAUUUUUGUUUUGCUUUAGAACAAUGGCAACUUCGUGCCUAACAACGGAAAAAAUCUGGUUUGAUAGAUUCAAGUAUGAAGAUGCCGAGAGACAGUAUUAUGAAAAUCUAAGCAAGAAUCUGGCAGAAAACUCUCCAAACUCUCCAAACACUCCGAACCAGCAACAGGUGAGAACACAGCACCCUCGGGCUCUGCCCUAAAGUAUUGUAACAUGUGGCCCCCAGCUGCUGCCUAACAUAAAACACAGGUUAUUAAAGGGCCCUGACUCUCCUAGAUGGCCAGUCCUCUGGAUUUCAGAGUCAAACCUAGUUCUUCUUUCAAUUAACCAACUUCCCUUGUGUUUAGAACGAAGGGUCCCCAUAACUGUUUUUAGUUUUCUUAUAUUCUAUCUCCCCUCCUCCUAGUGUUCCACUGUCAGAUUGGCCGCCCUAAUGCCAUUUAGGUAAUUAAGAAAUUCUGACAUUAUCCACACUAACUUCCAGGCCAGGUCUUUACCAGGGAGUGGGCCUCUCAAAAAAGAAAACAUUGUGUAUUUAUUGCUGCCAUAAUUUAUUCUACUAUGAAGCAAUGGCUUCUCUCUUGCUCCCUCUUAGUGUUACUGUUUCUGGGGUGUCAGUGCUUUUCCAGGGUUCUGCAGUUGGUGGCUGUGUCUGUCUGACUUGGGUCUUUGCUAAAGCGCAGCGCAAUGCCUAAAAUGCUCCUAUAAUCACCGUACAAAAGUGGCCCUGUGAUCCUGCCUGAAAAAUACAAAAAUCUUUUCCAUUUUAAGCAGAGAUGCUUUCCUGGCUGCAGAUGGUUAAUAUUAGGCUUGUAAAAUCUACUGUCCAAUUAAAUGAAUUACGGAGUACUGCACGAUUUCAUUGCCGCCCUGUGUUUGCCGGAUUAAUAUACUGUGCCUGUAAUAACCUGUACACUCCUCCUUACCAAGCUCUGUUUAUGGCAAAGUGAGCCCUGUGUAUAUCUUUGACAGUAACCACACAUUUUAUAGCUUUUUGCCUUUGCUGGUUGAGGCAGGGAGAGUAAACUCCUUGAUAGAGUGAAAUAAAUGAUAGGGUGACAUGUUUGUAAAUCUCUCAGAAUUGCAUAGGAAUGGAUAGUGUUAGAAAGUCUAGUUUACAACGGGAUGCCAAAUCUGAGGCCACGAUCUGUUACUGGUGCUUUAAAGAAGAACACGGCAGCCUAUCUAACCGCUCUUUAAGAGAUAAAAUGAUGCUGUUUAACUACCUGUACUUUUCUUACCCGUUGGCCAGCAAGUCCAGCCUUAAAUAUCUUGGAUUCCACCUUUCCCCUUCUGGUAACUUGUUCGUUUUUUGUAUGGUUCUUUAUUGCACGGCUUACAGGAGGAUGGAUCGAGCACAAUCCUCCGCGACAUUGCCAGAGCCAGGGAGAAUAUCCAGAAAUCGCUGUCCGGAGUGAGUACUGCAGAGCUCUCUCGUCAGCAGGCAAACCUGUGUCUCCCUAACUCAGAUCAGACUCUGCUUCCCUCAUUGUGUGUGUGUGUGUGUGUGUGUAUCUGUACCACAGUGACAAACAAGGCCAAAUUGUGAGCUGCAAGGCACUCUGGGAAUCUGAAGGGGGUGUUUUAUUUAACAUUUACAGAUUGCAACAUUUUCAUUAAACCGCCACUUUACCUCCCUUUAGCAGCAAAACCGACUUUUAAUUUGCAAUGUUUGAAGUGGGCCCUGGGAAUUCAGCCUGCAUGGCUUGCUUGGAGGUUGUAUCAUGUGUUGCCCCCUUCCUUGUUCCUAGUUGGAUUUCUCCAUUUUGUUAAAAUCAAACUGUGCUCAUUGAUGCUUUGGAGAAGUCAAAAAUACCAGCUUGUCCUUUGUUGUUCUUCCAUGGGUUAAAUCUUGCAUUGCUUGCCUUCUUUGGAGUGUCCCAGAUAAGGAAGCAUUCUUCUACCUUGUCAGGGGGUGGAUUUCAUCCUACUUAAUCGGAAGAAGUUGUUCUGCGAGGAGAUCCUCUGGCAGCCUCAAGGGGUUAAAUUGUUAACAAAUGGUUUAACCUCAGUCUUCAAUCUGAUGCCCAUCAGCUCUCCCAUCAACUUCUGUUGCAGUCCAAGGCUUGACCAGGAGACCUCAGACUUGGAGAAGUCACCUGUCAGUAGCUCUCCAUUCUCAAAACAAAUUAGAAACAAUGUGUCACCCAGCCUAUCAAUGGCUUGUAGCUUGAAUCUGGUUGAUUCAAGCCUCGAACUGCAGCAGACGUUAACAGUUUAACUUCUUAAUAUAAGUCUGGGACCUCCCUGCAACAUAACAACUUUAUUCCGAUGAAGUUAUGAUAACCCUGUACCUGGACUGUUCCUAUGGCUGAGUUUCUGGACCCCCCUUACCCGUAACAUGAAAGCCCUGCUGGGACAUAGUUUGGGAUCUGCACAAUUUCUCCUUGCCUGUCACUGGUAUGGCUUUUAACCCUUACCUCCUCUACAAAUAACCUAUUUCAAGCCCUGUAUUCAGAUAGAGGUGGCUUUACUUUGUUAAUAACACAAUUCAUGUUAUAGUGUGUUUUUUAAUCUUAUGAUUAGAAUUAUUGGUUGUGAUAAGUUACUUGCUACAUUAUUUCUUCCAUAGUCUGUUACCUGCAAGUUGCUCAUAGAAUGAAGAUAAUUAUGGGAAGACCUGUGUGAGCUCUGUAUAUAGUAUGACUUUCAAUGCAAACCAUAUCCUUCUACAGUGCAAUAAAAAUGUGUGCAUGCGCUGGGAUCCUCCGAUGGGUUUUUCCUCAGAUUUUCAGAUGAGGGUGUGUCUGCAUUGAGAGAGAAUACUAUAUCCCCUGAUUCCUCCUUUGUCUUCCACAAUUGGCCAUGCCCCGUUAGACUGAGGUACUGGAAGGCAGUGUAGCUGUGCACUGUCAGUAAUGGAAGCUGGCCUCCCUUUCAUUCAUUUAGAGAAUGGAUCAGAUAAUACUAAGAAUACUGUGUGUUCACAUAGCUCACAUUGCGUUGGUUCUGGAGUAUAUAUUUCUAGCCGUGGGGCUGAUUGACUACUUGACUGCUAGUGCAGGAACUGGAGAUUGCAAGAUGUAGCACAAAGCAUGCUGGGAACAAGUGGACUUGGGGAGAAGGUGCUGAGAAGUGUUGUGCUGAAGAACGGCAGUUAGGGUGGGUGCUCAUGGUGCUGCAGAAGGGGGUCUUGCUGACGCAGGUUGUGCCAUGGAACUGCAGGGGGGGGGUCGGGGGUAUUUCUAACCUGGGUUUUGCAAUGGAGCUGCAGAGGGGGGAAUUGCAUACCUGGGUUGUGCCAUGGAGCUGCUGAGGUGGGGUCUUGCUGACACAGGUUGUGCCAUAGAACGGUAGAGGGGGGUAUUGCUAACCUGGGUUGUGCCAUGGAGCUGCAGAGGGGGGGUCUUGCUGACACAGGUUGUGCCAUGGAACUGCAGAGGGGAUCUGGGGGGUAUUGUGCCAUGGAGCGGCAGAGGGGGAUUUUCUAACUGGGUUGUGUCAUGGAGCUGCACAGGGAGAUUUGCUAACUGGGUUGUGUCAUGGAGCUGCACAGGGAGAUUUGCUAACUGGGUUGUGUCAUGGAGCUGCACAGGGAGAUUUGCUAACUGGGUUGUGUCAUGGAGCUGCACAGGGGGAUUUGCUAACUGGGUUGCCAUGGAGCUGCAGAGGGGGAUUUGCUAACCCAGGUUGUGCCAUGGAGCUGCAGAGGGGGAUUUGCUAACCUGGGUUGUGUCAUGGAGCUGCAGAGGGGGGAUUUGCUAACUGGGUUGUGUCAUGGAGCUGCACAGGGGGAUUUGCUAACCUGGGUUGUCAUGGAGCUGCAGAGGGGGGAUUUGCUAACCUGGGUUGUCAUGGAGCUGCAGAGGGGGGGACUGCUAACACAGGUUGUCAUGGAGCUGCAGAAGGGGUAUUGCUAAUCUCAUUUAUGCCAUGGAGCUGCAGUGGGGCUCUUGCUAACCCACGUUGUGCCAUGGAGCAGCAGUGGGGGGGCACGAUUGCUAGCCCCGGUUGUUCCAUGGAGCUUCAGAGGAUGAGCAUUGGAGACUACAGUUUCACUUGUUACGAAAAAUGAAGAAGAUAGGAGCCCGCACUCAAUCCCAGCAGACAUCCUGUGCAUUGGAGCAGGACCAGCAAUCCCACAACGAUCAGGCAAACAGUGUUCAAGCCGCAGGCAGAAUUAAUGGAACAAAAAAGAGCAGCAAUGUCUUGACCUUCUAAGAGGUCUUUGUCAAGCUAACCGGUCGAAAUUUUGCUGCUUUCCUUUAAAUCUGCCUGCGGCUUGAACACCUUGAGUGCCUGGAGAUUUUCUUUUUGUCUGCCUACAGUUUCACUUGUGGCCAGAGUGUGCCAGUGCCAGUGAAUGGUGAGUAGUAGGGGGCUGAUUGUUCAGUGUCUCUUUUGGGACAAAUAAAAGGACAUUUUAAGUUUGACUUUUGAAACCCAUCUACUUCUUUAUAUCAGUAUGUCUUACCUGAUUUUAAUCUGAGGGGGAUACUUUGCUCUCCUUUCUGUUGCGUUGUAGUCCAUUAACCAAUGCUGCAUGCCUUUCCUUUUCUCCAUCCCUUUUGCCUGCAUGUCUUUCUGUGCAUGCUGCCUGUCUCUCGCUGGCGUUUCAUUAAACAAAUCCACAUUUCUCCCCCUCUAGCUCAGGGAUGUCCUGCAUAGCCCAAAAGAAGCCUCGCCUUCCCUGCCCCAGAGCCAAUCAGGGUCCCAUACUGUAAGUUUCAUUCUUCAUGAUCGUCAGCUGUAUUGUCAUUAGAUACUUGUUUCCUUGAAUCCUGGAUAUAUUGACCAAUCCUUGGGGGGUGCCCAUCUGUACCUUCUCAGUAUGUAAUUCAUUCAGUGCCAGUUAGACCAUCCUUGCUGUCAGGUAGCCCUUGAACCUCUUUAAAAUACCCUUACUCUUUGUACUAGUGACAUUAUCUUUACACACCCUGAAACUGACACUCAGGAUGAGAUCUUGAACGCUAGCCAACAGGAUGCUGGGAUUAGAAGCAGGUCACCCAUGCUAUAGACACAGGUUACAAGCUGAAUGCUUUGGCAGUUGGGAGACAUAGCUCACUGUCAGGCAGUCUGCAAUGUACUGGGUCCGCUGCGGAUUUCUUCUUCUACAGCUGCUGUUCUAUUGGGUGAGCAGUUGUAUUUAACAUUUUCUUACGUUUCAUGGGAUCUGCUGGCUUUUCAUAAUGAGCUCUUACAGCAGGCCUUGCAUUAAUUAUUUCCAAUUAAGCUUCGCUGCAAGAUGGUUCCAAAAUGCAAAUAUUUACAGGUAUCUGGCAAUGAAAGGGUUAAUGGACUGCUUGCCUUGUGACAUCUUAUCCUGUGAUUUAAAAAUAAACUUUUUAAUUUCUACCACUUUCCUCCCCACACUCGCAUGCAUGUUGGUAGACUGCCUCAGGUGCUCACUUACCUGCUCCUGGCUGGGAGUAGCCGCAGCUGCUUAAGAACGUGGCACCGCACUUCUCUUAUUCUUUACUUCUUUCUGUGUAUUUUUUCCUUCCUCCUCAGAGCACGGCUGCAGCACCCGCAAGCGGUGGAGACAACAGUGAGCUCCUGUCUCGGGUUUCUACCUUGGAACACGAAAAUCAGAACCUGCAUAAAGGUGAUGAACAUUACGCGGCAUUGCUGCUUACAGCUUUAUCUCUUGGUGGGCCGUGUCCUGUGUGGCAGCUUCCACCCUCCUCGUGCUCUUUAUAUCCCUCCUACUCUCCUGGACUCUAAGCGUAGCAAAUCUAAAUUCAUUUUACUGCUCCAGUUAUAUUCAGACAUGUAAAUCUAUAUAUAUUUUCACUCAGUAUAUCUAAUAAGAUUUGGUGGUUAUUCUCUUCCCCCCCCCCCCUUCUUCCCUUUACUAUAUUUAUAUACUUUUCCUGCUCUCAAAACAGAGCUGUAAAGCAUUUAGUAAAAUAGCUCUCUCUCUCUCCUCUUAGUGGUGAAAGAUCUGCUGCUUGCUAUCUCUGCGUUAGAGAGCCGGGUCGAUACACUGGAGAAGUCUGCUACCUCAGAUCAGCCCAGACCUGCACCUUUUGUCUGCAAGGUACAUUAACUCUUCUACCUGUAGGAUACGGUAACUAAAACUGCCGUCAGCUGCCUGUAUGUUAUUUACCAAAGCCAAACGUUGGCAGAAAAAUUCCUCAUCAGGCAGGUGAGAAGCCAAACCUUGGGUGUUGAGCUCUGUUUGUCAAACUGCUACAAGUUAGCUGAACUGAAACCAAACUCUCCAUAUGUUAUGAGGAGCUGUAGUGGUUAUAGUACUUGGAGUGCUCUGCUAGUGUGCUCUCUCGAUGCCCCUAUGUUUGAAGUGACUUUAUUCUCCUGUUUAGCUCCCUGCCCCAGAAGAGGUCAAAGUUGCCCCUGUUGCUGAAGCCCCAAAAAAGAAAGAGGAAGAUGAUGAUGAUAUUGACCUCUUUGGAAGUGACGAAGAGGAAGAUGCAGAAGCAGUCAAGGUCAAAGAGGAAAGGUUACGUCAGUAUGCGGAGAAGAAAUCAAAGAAGCCUGGAAUCAUUGCAAAGUCCUCAAUCUUGCUGGAUGUCAAACCGGUGAGUGCGCAAUUGGAUUCUGUCUGCAGCUGGAUCUUCCAGCAAGCGGUUAGCCAGGUAAAGGGUAAAAAUAGCAAUAUAUGCCAGCAAUAACUGGAUUUUACAAGAUCAAAAUAAUGCUGUAAAGAAAUAAAAUAUCCAGCACUCAGAUCCUCCCUACACAGGAUUGAGAAUUCUGACUUUAUCAAUUGUCCCAUUAAAGGACCACUAUAGCCACCGAGACUACUUCAGCUAAAUUAAGUGGUCUGGGUGCCACGUCCCGCUAGUUGUAACCCUGCAGCUGAAAACAUAGAAGUUUCAGAUAAACUAUGUUUACACUGCAGGGUUAAUCCAACCUCUAGUGGCUGUCUCCCUGACAGCCUCUAGAGCAGGGGUUCUCAACCCAGUCCUCAAGGACCCCCUACAAGUCCAGGAUUUAGGGAUUACCUGGGUGUGUCUAAGGUGUUUCCAAAAAGAACACCUUAUAGCAGGCUUCCCCAAACUCCAGCCCUCCUGAUGUUGCUUAACUACAACUCCCAUGAUUCUAUUAAGUGAAAUAGGCUGAGAAUCAUGGGAGUUGUAGUUCAGCAAUAUCUGGAGGGCCAGAGUUUGGGGAAGCCUGCAUUAGUGUCUAAGGUGUGUUUUUUGUUUUUCCUGUCACCAGUACAGACUUUCAGGAGUGCCUGCUCCAGCUAGAAGGGGAGAUCUUGAAAGUGACUGAAAAAUCGGUUUCUAAAAAGAACCAAUUCCUAAUAGAGGGGAGGGGGGGCAAAAUAAUACAUUGCACCAAAAUAAAUGUAAAACAGUUUGAUAACUACUAAUCCAUUAGUUCUGUAAUCUAGCUGUCCUAAGAUCCGCUCUGGGGUAUAGAAUAAACAGGGUUUUAUAGAGUAUGGACGGCUUCGGGUUAUUAAUCUGUACGUUUUGCUGGAAGGGUUUAUUAAUUAAACAGUUAAUUAUAGUUCCAAACAAAUGACAAAAAUCAGGCUAAAAUAUCCAAAUAACCCAAAUGUAACCCAAAGCUACCUGUGUGGUUCCACUGUUUUCCUGUUGUUGACGAACCUGCAUAACCUUAUUUCCUGUUUGCAGUGGGAUGAUGAGACAGACAUGGCAAAGCUGGAGGAGUGUGUGAGGUCUGUUCAGAUGGACGGCCUGUUGUGGGGUUCCUCCAAAUUAGUCCCAGUUGGUUAUGGUAUAAAAAAGCUUCAGAUCCAGUGUGUGGUGGAAGAUGACAAGGUUGGAACUGAUAUACUUGAGGAGGAGAUCACCAAGUUCGAGGACUAUGUAAGUUUUUAGUCGGGAUGUAUUGGAUUGCUAUCCUGUGCAUGUGGGCAAGGUAGCAGAGCUUGUGAGGUUAAGCUUUGUCAUAAUGAAGGGUGAAUCUGAAUGUAUGUAGGGAUCAGUUGCAUGGAGGAGGGUAAAUGUAUAGAUUCCCACGGUGGCUUCUGGUAAAAGGAGAGUUCCCUCAGUCCUGCCGUCUUCUCAUCUUGUACAUUAUCACGCACUAACUUGUUUACAGAAUGGAGGUCAAUGGGAGUUCUCAAGGGAUAAUCACUGGUAGUUGUGCUCAUGUUUAAAUACCUUAAUAUCUAUUGCACAAAAUACUCUUAUGGUUUAUCUUUAGAAGUUCUUGUAAACAUGGCUUUGGGUUUUGUUUGUAUGUUGUCUUGGUCCGUAUUUGAAUCGAACUCACUCUGUAAAAGAAUUGAGUUUUACUCUUUAAUAGCUGCGAGUCCUUGCUCUUAAUCUUGCUUUUGUUUUCACAGGUUCAGAGUGUGGACAUCGCUGCUUUCAACAAAAUCUAAAGACUAAAUCCUGAACAAGACGAGUUAAUAAAGAGUUGUAUGCAGAAU